AUGUGUCAUUCAACAGGUCAGCGCUCAUUUCUCAAGGAUGUUCAGCAACUUUAUCGCACGAUUGAUUACUCGACUGACGGUCAAGCCUCCAUAGUGUCCGUGAAUGAAUUGUCAGUGAUUGUGUCGUUGAAUCCCAAAUUUGGUCGCAAUGCACACGCUGCGUUUAUUGCCAAUAUUCGGUGCCCUUUGGCCUAUCCCAAAGAAGGCCCUGAAGUCCACUUCAUGACGCCAAUCUUUCAUCCCAAUAUCCACAUUAGUGAUGGUAGCGUUUGCUUAAGUCUUCUCACUGAAUGGCAUAGUUGUUACAGCCUGUUGGAUGUGGUCAAAGCACUCCUCUACCUCAUUGAACAUCCAAAUUUCGAGUCAGCAAAUAACGCAUUCGCAUUGAAUCAGAAACUGUUUGACAAAAUGACAGUGCGGCUACUGGCUGGUCUGCAUGUAAAUAGGCUGCGGUUUCCGCCUAACAAAGCCUGGUGUGAGUGGGCAGAGGCCAAUGGAUGCUUGCCUGUUGAUGACGAAGAGCUUGAAGACGAUUCAACCGACGCCAGAGGCGCAGUGCAUGUGGAGGCCCAACAGGAGCCGAACAACCGCAUUGAGUCUCUUCCUAGCGUUGCCACCUACGCACAUGAUGCAAGAUCGUUUUGUCUGCAGGUUGAGUCAGAUGAGAAGACCCAUCGUCGUUUCUCCGAUGCUUCCUCUGACACUGUUCCUUCUUUCGCCAAAAUUCGAUUCUCUCUCGAUUCUUUGAGUUACCAGUCAUCGCGGCCCAACUACGCGCAGGAUUACUAUUGCAGCUACUUUAACACGCAGCGCAUUCUCAUUGGCCACCCAAGUGUGAACGACGAACCUUCACCUCCUUCGGUAUUCUACUACAGCGAGCUCCUCGGUAAUCCUAACUAUCGAGGUGAACUGGGUGAUCUUUACAGCACAUUGUUCGCUGGCGACGUUUUGCCCGCCGUGCAGGUCCACCCCGAAUCCAGACAAACCUCCUCUCUUUGUCCCUGGUGCCACUUUUACCACAAUUCUUACCCCUCCUCCUGGUCCACGGAUUCCGUCUUCAAUCUGACUGAUCUGUUCACAUUCACGGAACCACGGAGGCCUUCGUUGACUGCGGACUUUUGUCCGUGGUCGAUGCUGGAUGGACGAGGUACUCUAGACCUCUUUGGUGGGUUGUUUUGUGAAAAAGGAAUCUACCCUCGUGGAAGUGCUUUUUCUCUUGACGACGACGAUGGUGAAAAUCUGGCUGAGCUCUUUAUUGAAAGCCUUGCAAUGGUAGGCGACAGCAUUGUCGAUGCAGAACUAGAAUAUUCACCUCAAAUUGUCGAAUCAAGUGAAUUGGCUUUUGAUGCUGAAUACGAAUAUACAGAAGAAGAGGAAGAAGUUGAUAGUGAUGGUGAAGAAGUAGAACGGCAGCCAGCGGUCGAAGCUGAGAAGCAAAAUAUGCCUGUCAAUGGUGCUUCGUCAUCGACUUCAUCGACAACUUUCCACCGCACACCAUACGAAUUUCGACCUCCCCAAAAUUCCUGGAGGUGUUCUGAUGAUUUUAAUGAAGCAGCCAUAUCAAUGAAUCUUAAGUUGCUUCCACGGUGGCAUUGGAUGUUUCGUCAGACACGGUGGCCUCUUCGAUUUGCGCCACAACAGAAUAUCGAGCUGUCCAUGAAUGGAAUCAGAAUUCCUCCAUGGCGAGCGAGUGCCGGACGACUGCUGUCGGAUGUCAUUAGAUUUUGUUCUGCACACCGUGAGGUGGAGAACCUUGUUCUUCUUGACCCCAUGCGUUCUACAAAGUCCACGUUUUCAGUUCCAGUCCUCGUUAUUGACUCGCAAGUUUUGUUUUGGCAGGCCUUGUCACCGCUCUCGCCACUGCUCAAUCUGAUGCGACUCUCCGUGGAACCAAAGGCUCACCUGACUGGUGUUCUGUGG